UAACAUCAGUGAUGCACAAGUGGAAAAGAAGGGGACACGUUCUCCUGGCACAGCUCUGACACCCUUGGAUUAUCCUGUGGAGCCGUAGGAACUAGGAAAUGUGCCGCUAAACCUAAACGUAAUCAUUUUGUGAUCGUUGGUGUCUUGGUGAGGUCUCCUUCAAGUUCCUUACUUCCUUUAGAAAACAAAUCACAGUGCUAAUUAUUGGCAGCAAAAUUUCCCCUCCUCAAUUAACAUGUAAUAUCCACGUGCAAUAAUUUCACAACUCUGGCACCUUCCCAAGCAAAAGCGGCACAGGGGAGGAGACGAAGCUCUUAAAGGCGUUAUCACUUCAUCUCUGCCAUUUGGUUUCCUCUUGAUUCUUUUGGCAAAAUUUAUUUUUUUGCAUACCAGCAGUGAUCCUUCUCGUCGUAUUUCCGAGCGAAAGAGAUUUUGUGUGUGUGUGUGUGUGUGUGUUCUGCUCUUUCACGAUUUCUUUUCGUCUCAUCAAACCAAAUCCCCAUUUCCCCCAACCGGGUGGCGUCACGGAACAAGAACACGACCGGUUUCUGUUCCCUAGAUCUGCGUGGAGGCGGCGAGGAACCCGAAUCCGGCAAAAGGGUUUGCGGUUGAUUGGCAGCAGUGUACGUCAAAAUCCAAUCUUGGCGCCCGGCCGUACGCCGUCGCCUUCUUCCUGCGGUGAUAAGGAGAGGAGAGGAGAAGGCCGGAGAUGGUGCCAUGGGAAGGGUACCUGAGCGACGAGACGAUGGGCACCUUCGCGCCUAUCGUGUUGUACUGGCUGUACGGCGGCGGCUACCAGCUGAUCCUGCACCGCCGGCCGCUGGAGCGGUACAGGCUCCACACCCGGGCCGAGGAGGAGGAGAAGAACCUCGUCAGCCUCCCCACCGUCGUCCGCGGCGUGCUCCUGCAGCAGUUCGUGCAGGCCAUCGUCGCGAUGAUCUUGUUCAUGGUUACUUCAGAUAGUUCAAAAACUGUAGUUCAGCCACCUCUCGUGGUUCAAAUCUUUCAGUUUUUAGUUGCAAUGCUCGUGAUGGAUGGAUGGCAAUAUUUGGUCCACCGUUACAUGCACCAAAACAAAUUCCUCUAUCGGCAUAUCCAUUCACAACAUCAUCGGCUUAUUGUUCCUUAUGCUAUUGGAGCCCUCUACAACCAUCCAUUGGAGGGGCUACUUUUGGACACUUUAGGUGGUGCCAUCUCCUUCUUGUUCUCUGGUAUGACACCAAGGACUGCUGUGUUCUUCUUCUGUUUUGCUGUACUAAAAACAGUCGACGAUCACUGUGGACUGUGGUUACCGUAUAACAUCUUCCAGCACUUGUUCCAAAAUAACACUGCCUAUCAUGAUAUCCACCAUCAGCUCCAGGGAUUAAAAUACAAUUACUCUCAGCCUUUCUUCUCAAUCUGGGACAGAAUACUAGGAACCCACAUGCCCUACAACUUAGUCAGCCGGAAGGAAGGUGGAUUUGAAGCAAGGCCGUUGCGAGACUAGACUGUACUCUUGGAAGUAUAUAGACCUCCAGUGAAUGAUUGAGAUACAAAUGCUCUGCCUCCCUUUCACGUGAUUAGAAGGUCACAGGGCCCAUCCAACUUCUAAGAUGAUGAAGCUGUUCCAGUACUCUCAGUUCUUUUCGCAGGUUGGUGGAAGCCAUAUGCUACUUGGGGUGAGACUGAAGCCAUACGUUAGAGCUUUCACUUCGGAUGUGUUUGGUACUGUAUGGUUUGUAUGCAUGGUUUUCUUUAUCACAUCUCUUUUUUGUGCAAAGCUGCCAAUUACAUUGCUGUGCAGAUAGUGUAUUUGAAAAUCACACUUCUGUAUGUAGCCAAUUUUUCAUGUAAUUGAAUCUCUGGGCAUGAUCGGUACCAUCA